CAUUGACAAUUAAAAGUAAAAUGUCGGCACGUUGAUGUUAUUGUUUGCUUUGCGAAUAUAAAUUUAUAACGCUUUAACUAAUAUCAAGAAGAGUUGUAACUUAAAAAAUCAAAAUGUCAGCAUUACAGAAGACUAUUAUGAAAAAUAAACUACCACCAAAGAUGCCUAGAACGUCGGGUACCUCAAAGCUGGCGCCCUUCAGCGGUGGACGGCGCAAAGAUUACACACCGGUUUCUUGGAAAAAUUACUUCGAGAAAUUUGUUGACUUAGAAACUGAAGGCGGCGUGUUCAGGGUGUACUUAUCUCCAGAGCCCGACAUGAAUCAGCGACCGAGGAUUGUGACUUUGCACGGAGGAGGCUACUCAGCUUUAAGCUGGGCGUUAUUUACACAAGAAAUAACUAAUAUGAUACACUGCCAAGUGGUGUCAUUGGAUGUGCGAGCUCACGGAGAGACCCAAGCUAAGGAUCCAGAUGACCUGAGUAUAGACACUUUAGUCAAAGAUGUGGAACAAGUCCUUCACAAGCUGUAUGGACAGGAGAUGCCGCCAAUAAUUUUAUUGGGGCAUUCAAUGGGCGGGGCUAUAGCUGUGCGCGCGGCGCAUGUACCAUCUCUUGAGCCCUAUGUGCAGGGAGUGGCAGUUAUUGAUGUGGUGGAAGGCACGGCAAUGGAAGCUCUGGCCAGUAUGCAAAGCUUCCUACGCAGUCGACCAACACAUUUCAGAAGUAUAGAGCACGCCAUAGAGUGGUGUGUGAGGAGCGGACAGGUGCGAAAUGUUGACUCGGCUCGAGUAUCCAUGCCCAGUCAAAUCAUAAACUGCUCGACGGGCCGGCUGGCCACCAACGAGGUGGAGGACUACCAGAGCGACGCCACCCCCACGGAGCCGCUGCCCCCCCCGCCGCGCGGUGACGUCAUCGCCGAGGAGGGCGAGGACGGCGACGGCGAGGGGGACGCCGCGCACUUCGCCAAGCCGCCGCCCGGCGACGACCAGGGGAUGAGGUACGGCUGGCGCGUGCGGCUGGCGGGCUCGGAGCGCCACUGGGCGGGCUGGUUCGGCGGGCUGUCGGCCGCCUUCCUGUCCGCGCGGGCGCCCCGCCUGCUGCUGCUCGCCUCGCUGGACGGGCUGGACCGCGACCUCACCGUGGGGCAGAUGCAAGGCCGCUUCCAGAUGCAGGUGCUGACGCGCUGCGGACACGCCGUGCACGAGGACUCGCCCGCCGAGGUGGCGCGCGUGUUGUCGUCGUUCGCGUUACGUCACCGCCUCACCGAGAGCACGCAGAGCGACGAGCACUUCCUGUAACCGCCGCGCCCCCCCCCCCCCCCGGACACCCGGGGAUCUGACGCGUGGCCAAAAGAUCUCUUCGAAUAUAACAUAAUCGUGUAAUGAUUGCUUUUUAGCACCCUUUUGGGUCACCUGAUGAAAUCUGCUCCUUCGACUUGACUGUAUUCCAGUGGUAGAAGUAGUAAAAAUAAACAUUUCAUUUUAAUAAUAAUCCAUUCUAUUUACAUUGGCAACACAGCGAAGCUGUUAUAUAUAUCUCUAUUUAUAACACAACUCCACUUCACUGCUCGUAUACACUUUAUUUUGCUUCUAAUAUUUACCUACGUCCUGCCAAUUCAAGGUCACAGGUACUUAUUUAGACGGGCCGGUUGGCGGGGUUGGUAGAUACUUGCCUUUCACGCCAAAGGUUGUGGGUUCGAUUCCCACCCAGGAUAGACAUUUGUGUGCAUGAACAUGUCUAUUUGUCCUGAGUCUGGGUGUAAUAUCUAUAUAAGUAUGUAUUUACAAAAGAAAAGUAGUAUAUGUAGUGUAUCAGUGUCUGGUUUCCAUAGACGAGCUCUGUAAAAGCUUAGUUUGGGAUCAGAUGGCCAUGUGUGAAUAAUAUCCCAGGAUAUUAUUAUUAUAUUGACUCCUACCUACCGCUGGACUCUGCUCGUCAUAUAUUUUUUCAUUUGUAAUAAUACUUUGGUCUCAUUAUCGCUGUAAUCUAAACUUUCGUAGUUAAAUUGAAUUUUAGGUAACCUAUACAUGAAAUGAACAAUGAAAUCGGAGGCUAGCAAACUUGGUUGUGUUAAUUUUAUUCCCCUGUGACGUCAUUAAGUCGUAUUUAUUUGUUCAUUGUAAAAAUAUAUAUUAGUAUAAAGUAACGGAUUGAAUAAUUUACGUAAAAGUUUCUUAAAUAUUAUAGACGGAGUGAAAUUAUUUAUUCUGUGUAGUGUGGGGGCGUUAGAUGUUACGUAAGCAAGCUUCCUGGAGGUUUAAUAUUGUACUUAUAAGAUUUAGAUUAUUGUUUUAGAAAUAAUUGUUUUUUUUUAUUGUUUGUAUCGAUUUGUCUUUCUUAUAACAUUAUCAUUUUGGGAGUGAAAACGAUUUUCUUUUAUGCAGUGGUGGUGGGGGGGAGUGGGGGAAUAUAAAACCCAAAAAUAUUGCUUACGUAAAACUCAAGUACGCCUUCCCUAUUCGCUUAUGAGUAAGUAUUGUAUAGAAUAGGAAAUGUCUGUGUGUAUAUUAAGAUUACUUCUAAAUUAAAGUUCUUUAUUUAUAAAACUUUAAAGAAACCUCAAACAGACGGAAAACAUUUGGAAGUAUAUAACGCGGUACAUAAAAAAUAAUUAACUUAAAGUUCAAAUAAAUCACUCCGAGACGUGUCGGGCCGCGCUGUCGAGUUACGCCAAUGUUCAGAGUUUAAAUAUAUUGUACAUUAUGUACUGAAUUCAUUAAUCAAGAUGUAAUCUAUUUAUCGCCUUCCUGAGGCUUACAAAAGUGUAACGAGACCGACACGCACACAGCGACGCACGCGCACGCGCGUCCCGUGGUCACGUUAUGCGAUUUCAUAAUUAAAUAUUUAAAUUCAACUAUAUUCAAUAUUUUUUAUAUCUUCUCGAACUUUUAUAAACGUAAAUACAAUUAGAACGUUUUAAGAAAGAUUUUAUAUACAUUACAAAUAAAGUGUCGUCGCGGAGGGGGGACCAGGUCGUCUGUCGCCGAGUUUUUCAUUAGUGUUUGAAAUAAUGUAUUACUAGCAAUAGUGGUCACUUUCUUGUUGUGUAUUUCAAUACGAUACUGACACGACUCGUGCUGUCCUGUUUAAUCGCACACAUAAAACAGAGAUAGCUAUAUUAUUAGAUAGAUUGUGUACUAAAGACUCGGCUCAACUGUCUCACUGUUGUAUUCUUGUAAGGAUAAUUCGUCGUCGGGUCUCGCCUGGUGGUUCGGACAACGACUCUAGAUGUUAAAUACUUAAAUGAUAUAAACAAUUACAUAAUUUUCUGUAAGUAAAUAAACAGUUUACAUUUUUACGUUUUCCGUCCUCUUUGUUUGAAUUACAUUUAGAACAAAGUUAAUUUAAUCAGAAAUUAAAAUGUAUUUUUAAGUUUAUUUUUGUAAAAUUUAACAACGAUUAAUUUAAGAGGUUUCUUGCAAAUGUUAUAGAACAUUAUGUAGUAAGUGCAUGUAACGUGUUCCCUGUGUCGAGUAGUCGCAUCAUGUCACGAGGUGACGUCACUCGCGAGGAGCAGUGUUGACUGCCGACUGCCGAAGUGUACAACUGUCUGUCUGCAGUCGCUAGAGUGGACCGUCUCUUCAAAUGUUGUUACUAUAAUGUAUGAAAUGAUUGUUUAUUUAUUAAGAUCUUAUGAAUAAAAAUCUAUGAACAA